AUGCGUCCGAGUAUAGGCAAUUGUGUGUAUGGUUUGCCAUAUAGUAAUCACCAUCCAUACGGGACCUCUGAACCUUUCAUUGAAAUUAAAUGGGAACUCAAUAGUAUAUAUAAAAUGGGCAAAUCUACUUGUAUUUCUGAAUCAAUUAAUCUAAUCAUUAUCUUGAUGUAUAUUGACUUAGUAUAUCUACAACUGUAUUUUGAAGUCAAGAAAAUGGUAGGGAACGUAGAAAAAUUUGCAGAAACCAAAGAUGUGCACUUUCUGUAUCAGUGCACUAAAGAUGAACUACGUGAGGUAGCAUCCUCAUAUAAUAUUUCACUGAGAACAUUUAUUAAAAGUGACAUGCAGCGAGAAUUGAUUGAUGAUCUGAUCUCAAUGUCAGUACUUGGUGAAAUUGAUCUCCCUGAUAAACCUAGUUCUGAUGAAGUGCAGAUGAAUGAGCAAUUAGCAAUGGAAAAGUUAAGGCUAGAAUUUGAGUACAAGAAGAUGCAGCUACAGGCAGGGAAGGAGAUAAAAAUUAAAGAGUUAGAAGUUGAAGAGAAACUAGGUACAAGAAGAGAAAUUGGAGAUAAGGAUAAUAGAGCAAAGAAUCUACCUGAGUUUAUUGAAGAGGAAGCUGAGGACUUCUUUAUUCAGUUUGAAAAAGUUGCUAAAAUCAAAGGAUGGGAUGAAAGUGACUGGGCAGUAUUGAUUCAGAGUAAAUUUAAGGGCAAAGCUCGAGAAGCAUAUGUAUGUUUGAGUAUAGAGGAGUCUACAGAUUAUAGGACUGUCAAAGAAGCAGUGUUAAAGACUGUGGAAAAGGAUCCAGAAGUGUAUAGGAGAAGGUUCAGAGACAUAAAGAAAGGAAGUGGACAAACUCACUUAGAAAUAGCUAGAAUAUGUGGGAUGAAAUUUGAUAGGUGGUGUAAAUCUGAAGAAGUGAAUAAGAUGGGUGAACUGAGAGAGCUGAUACUUUUGGAACACUUCAAAAGUAUUGUGCCUCCUGACAUAAGGUAUGAAAUAGGUAAGAGUAGAGUGAGAAAUUUGAUGGACGCAGCGAGAUUGGCUGACCACAUUGAAGUAGCACAUAGAAUGUAUGGGGAAGACAGGUCCGAUAGACAAAAUAAAGUAAGGCAUAAUGCAAACCCAGCAUAUGACAGAAAUUACAGCCAUCAGUCAUAUUCCAAAUUUAAGCCAAAUAAUUCAGAUUUUGCCAAGAGAGGUCGAAGUAAUUAUAUAUUGCAAGACACUGUAGAGAAGAAACCCCAAGAACAGUCUGUAAAUAAGCAUCCCAGAUCUGAGCAAACUUACAACCAGCAUUUUAGCAGACAACAGAGACCACCAGUGAAAUGUUUUGCGUGUGGAGAAAUAGGUCAUGUCAGAAGUCAGUGCCAGAGUAUCCAGAAGUCUGUGGGAUUAACUAUGGGUAGAGGAAAAUCCCAACAUGUGUGUGACAUUAGGGAUGCCAACUAUAAUGUAAGAAAACAGAAACCUGUGGAUUUUGAACCAUUUAUAUUUGAAGGAAGGGUUAGUCUUAAAGGUAUUCCAGAGAAGAAAAUAUUAUUUUUAAGAGAUACUGGAUCAAAUCAAAGUUUAAUUUUAAAGGGAUUAUUAGAAUGGACCAGUGAAUCUUACACUGGAAGGGAUGUAUGCAUAAAAGGGUUAGGAUUAGGCAUGACUGUCCCACUGCAUAAUGUGAAUCUUGAGAGCGGGUUUGUGAAUGGCAUUGUUGAAGUAGGAGUAAAGGAUGAACUUCCAGUACCAGGAGUACAGAUGCUGUUAGGGAAUGACUUAGCUGGUGAUAAGACAAUCCCUGAACCUAUUAUGUGUGAGAACCCACUCAAGGGGGAAGCUUCUGUAGAGAAGAGAGAGACAAAUAAUGAGAUAUACCCUGCCUGUGUUGUGACCAGAGCAAUGUCAAAGAUAGGUGAAGAAAUUGAUGAAGUAGAAGUAGGGAAUUUAUUUGAGGAAGAGUUAGCAACAAAUGGUGAUGCAGUAGAAGUAAAGAAGAAUGAACAGGGUACUAUAAAAAUGAAAAUAGAUAUAUUACCUGAUUUUGUUGUUGACAAAAAGGAAUUGGUAAAAUUACAGAUGGGUGAUGAGAGUUUGACGGGAUGUUGGAGUGAAGCAAAGUGUAAUGGUGGAGAGAAUGAUGUAACUAUUGGAUUUUAUGUACAUGGUGAUGUAUUAAUGAGAAAGUGGAGACCUGUGGAUGUUCCAGUAUCAGAUCAUUGGGAAGUGAGGAAGCAGAUUGUAGUCCCAAAGGAAUAUAGGGAACAUGUUAUUGCUUUGUCCCAUGAUUCAUAUUUAUCUGGACAUUUGGGAGUCAGAAAGACCACUGACAGGUUGUUGACCCAUUAUUAUUGGCCAAAUAUGAAAAAGGAUGUAUCUGUUUACUGUAAAACAUGUGAGAUAUGCCAAAGAGUAGGUAAACCAAACCAGGUUAUAAAACCUGCACCUCUAAAGCCCAUUCCAGCAUUCUGUAAACCAUUUAGCAAGAUAGUGAUUGAUUGUGUAGGUCCUCUACCUAGGACACGGAAAGGAAAUUGCUAUUUGUUGACUAUCAUGUGUGCAUCCACUAGAUUUCCAGAAGCCAUACCAAUGCGUAGCAUACACUCUAAGAACAUUGUGAGGGAGUUAGUGAGAUAUUUUUCCUGGGUAGGUCUACCUGAAAUUGUACAAUCAGAUCAGGGAAGUAAUUUCACUUCAGGAAUGUUCAAGAAAAUUUUAAAGGGAUUACAUAUUAAACAUAAUUUGUCAAGUGCUUAUCAUCCUCAGAGCCAGGGAGUGGUGGAAAGAUUUCACCAAACUUUGAAAAAUAUUUUGAAAAUGUAUUGUGAAGAAUUAUCCAUGGACUGGGAUGAGGGUGUACCUUUAGCUUUGUUUGCCAUAAGAGAUGCUGUGCAAGAGUCCACUGGAUAUAGUCCAUUCGAGUUGGUAUAUGGACAUGAAGUGAGAGGUCCUCUGAGCAUGCUGAAGGAGAAGUGGAUUGGGAAGGACGAUGCUCCAGGAUUACUAAAGUAUGUGUCCGACUUUAAGAAUAGAUUAUUUAGAGCUAGAGAAAUUGCUGCAGAGAACUUAAAGAAAUGUCAAGAGGAUAUGAAGAAAUGGUACGAUCAGAAGUCUAAGAGCAGAGAGUUCAAGCCGGGUGACAAAGUAUUAGUAUUGCUACCCCAAACAGGAAACCCUUUGAAGGCAAGAUUCCAAGGUCCUUGGAUAGUUGAAAAGAGAGUAGGAGAAUUAAACUAUGUAGUGAGCACCCCAGGAAAACGCAAGCCGAACCAGUUGUGUCAUGUUAACAUGAUAAAACCUUAUUAUGACAGAAAUUCAACAGAAAAUAAUGUAAGCAACAAAGUGAACUGUGUAUGUACAAAUUUAAGUGAGGAACAAACGGUAUAUGAAAAUGAUGUAAAACUUGAAAGGUGUGAAAAUAAGCUCUUGAAAAAUUCAGAUGCAAUAAAUAAUUUAACACAGAAACUCAACCAUUUGGGAAAUGAGAAGAAGGGUCAAAUUAUGCAAAUUGUACAGGAUUUUAAACCUCUGUUUUCUGAUGUUCCUAGGAGAACUGAUGUGUUACAACAUGAUGUGGAGGUUACAGACACAUCACCGAUUAAACAACACCCUUAUAGAGUGAAUCCUAAAUUGAGAGAGAUAAUGAGGAAAGAAGUAGAGUAUAUGCUUGAAAAUGACUUGAUUGAAAAGAGUAAUAGUCCUUGGAGUUCACCAUGCGUACUAGUUGCUAAGUCUGAUGGGAUUUCUUAUAGAUUUUGUACAGAUUACCGGAAAGUAAAUAAUGUAACUAAAGCUGAUUCUUAUCCUAUCCCAAGAAUAGAUGACUGCAUUGAUCAGAUAGGUGAGGCUAAAUAUGUAACUAAAAUAGAUUUAUUGAAGGGAUACUGGGAAGUACCACUAACUGCGAGAGCUAAAGAGAUUUCAGCAUUUGUGACUAUGGAUGGUCUAUAUCAAUAUAAAGUGUUACCAUUCGGUAUGAAAAACAGUGGUAGUACAUUCCAGAGACUAGUUAAUCAAGUAUUGUGUAAUGUAAAAGGCUGUGCAGUGUAUAUAGAUGAUAUAAUCUUGUAUUCAAAAACUUGGGAAGAACAUGUGUAUAUAAUCAAAGAAGUAUUUGAUAAAUUGAAUCAAGCAAAUCUGACUGUAAACCUCGUGAAGAGUGAAUUUGCCCAAGCAACUGUGGAAUAUCUAGGUUAUAUUGUGGGGCAAGGAACUGUCAAGCCAAUUGAUGCUAAGGUGGAAAGUAUUGUGAAUUACCCCAUUCCGAACAAUAGGAAAGAAUUGUUAAGAUUUUUGGGUAUGAGUGGAUAUUAUCGUAGAUUUUGUAAUAACUACUCAACCAUUGCUUUUCCCUUGACCAACUUACUGUCAAAGAAAGUAAAAUUUGUGUGGAGUGCUCAGGCUGAUGAAGCCUUUAGGAAACUGAAACAGAUACUUAUAAAUGCACCUAUUCUUUCCACCCCAAAUUAUGAUGUACCUUUCAAAUUGUAUGUAGAUGCUAGUGAUUUUGGAAUUGGUGGAGUCUUAAUGCAAGAGAAAGAUGGUGUUGAUCACCCUAUUUGUUAUUUCUCAAAGAAAUUUUUAUCAUAUCAAAAGAACUAUAGUACCAUUGAAAAAGAAUCAUUGGCACUGAUUUUGAGUUUGAACCAUUUUGAUGUUUAUUUGAGAGGGUUGAAUAAAGCAAUCCAAGUUUAUACAGAUCAUAACCCACUUGUAUUUUUGCAUAAGAUGAAGAAUCCCACCGACCCUCCGGCAGGAUCCGCCAGCGAGCCCCCGCCCUCUGAGAGUGUCCCUGCGAAUCCCUUGCCUCACCUAAUUAGGGGCGCCGUCUGCCUUCCCGCUCGUCACAUUCCAUCACUUCGCUAA